AAAAUGAACGAAUUCCUGCCCCACAAAUAACCCAGAGAUGCAUUUUAAAUAAAAGGGCACAUUCUUCUCAUGUAAAAACACGCUGAUUCCCAGACCGUCCACGGGCCGGAUUGAGAAGGCAAUUGAGCCGGAUCUGGCCCCCGGGCCUUAGUUUGCCUACCCAUGCUCUAGUCUUAGGCAAUUCAAAUUACUUUCACUUGGUUUUUGACACAGAGCUUAAAAAGUAACAUGCAAAGCAGCAGUGGGUGAAACUAAAACCCUCUCGUUAUUUUGCACAGACCGCGCAGUUCAUUCCAUUCCAGAUAAGUCUAUUAAUACACCUUCCUAUUUAUAUGCUGGCUCCUUACAGCAACAUAGUAGAGAGCUACAGCUGCAUAACCGAGACGGAAUAGGCGUCCUGCUAGCCACUUGGGAGAAACUGAUCAGCUGAGAUGGAGUGAGAGUGACAGGGAUGCCUACAGACUACUCAACACACAGACCCCGGAAGAGCAGGGCUGAUGGAUCAUAACUGCAGCGUACCAGAAGGGCAGGUCAAUACUCUUACUGCAGAGGCAACACUAUCUCAAAAAGCUGCCAGAAAUGUACGCUCUGCGGCAUAAAUAGCAGCCAGCAAAGGUUUUUGGCGGAGGGAUAUGGGGCUUAUUCACCCUGCAGCUUCCGCUUAGUCAUCCAGCGUCGGGUAGAAACUCAAGGACAAGCAGCCGACAUCCGACCACAAAAGAAACAUUCUGGGGGGUCCUGAUCUGAAGAUGGAGAGCUCAAGAGGGACACACCUCAACAUGGCUGCUGUGGCAUCUCGUGUUGGAGCUGCCCGGUUGCUGCAGGCAGCCUUUGGAUGUACCACGUUCAGCCUUGUGGCCCACCGAGGAGGGUUCAGUGCGGCCUACGGUACCUUCUGCAUGUCCGUCUGGUGCUUCUGUUUCGCAGUCACCGUCUUUAUCGUCACCUGCGAGUUCACACGCCUCCACAGCUGCCUGAGCAUCUCUUGGGGGAAUUUCACCGCCGCCUUCGCCAUGCUUGCCACCCUCAUGUCCAUCACAGCUGCCGUGAUCUAUCCGCUGUAUGUCGAGUUUGGCUGUCAUUCCAACGGGUGCGAGGCGAGAGAUUUCCGCAUCUCGGCCAGUGUUUUCGCAGGGCUUCUUUUUUUCGCCUACGCCACGGAAGUAUUCCUCACGAGGGCCAAGCCGGGACAGGUGACCAGCUACAUGGCCACCGUUUCUGGCCUCCUGAAAAUUGUCCAGGCUUUCGUAGCUUGCAUCAUAUUUGGGGCUCUGGUGAACGGCAGCCAAUACGACCGGUACGUGGCAACCCAGUGGUGCGUGGCUGUCUACAGCUUCUGCUUUGUGGUGACAGUGGUGGUGGUGGCCCUCAGUGUCACGGGAAAGACAGCCAUGCUGAAGUGCCCCUUUGAGCGCUUUGUGGUUGUUUACACUUUUGUGGCUGUCCUGAUGUACUUGAGCGCCGCAGUGAUCUGGCCAGUGUUCUGCUUUGACCGUAAGUACGGCUCCCCACACCGCCCUUACCAGUGCUCCAGAGGCAAGUGCCCCUGGGACAGCCAGGUGGUCAUCGCAGUGUUCACGUGUGUGAACCUGGUGCUUUACAUUGUGGACUUAGCCUACUCACAACGCAUCCGCUUCGUCUCACACCCCUAGUAGCCACAAAAAAAGCCAUAAAUGACUCAGGCAGCAGGAGUUUUGGGACCCGCCUAGAAAGCUGACAUCCAGGGCACACCAAAAGAACUUGUCUUGAUCGAAAGAGGCCUGAUCAUGAAAGAAACAUAGUGAUGCAUCUGCAGCACCACCCUCAUUUCCAGCAGAUGUGUACGCUUGAUGCAUCAGUGACUCUACAUGUUAAUAGGUUUUGUAAGGCCUAGUACUAAGGGUGGGAAAAACAGGUUUUGGACCCUGAAUUGUUCAUCCCAAAAUUGUUGGGUAAGUUAAAACUGCAAGAAGAAUAGAAAAAUAUCUAGGCCCAAAAGAGCCAAAAUCCCAGCUCAAUCCAUGAAAUUCUGUUAAAGUGAAAAACGUAUAACUAAACCUAAUAGAUUCUGUCAGAAAUUUCAGACGAGGCAGGGGAAAGAGAGGGGAGAUUACAACCACCAAGAAGACUGAGACCCUCGUCCACAGCCCAGAGUAUGAAAAUAACAAUUUCCUUAUGCAUGUACUUGGUUGUUGGUGAGAUGCACAUUCCUGUUUGGAAGAGUUUGAGAAGUGAAGUGAAUACUGUCAAGUUUGUAAUUGACAAUGGGUGUAGGGAAGGUUGCUGCAAGCUCUAAAAUAAUUACUUCCAGAUUGUUUCCCUCAGUUUAUUCCUUCAAGAAGCAUCUGGGGAUAUUGCUAUGCCUGCGGAAACUGUGGCUACACACAAGACAUUAGCGUUUUGAACCAAAGCCAGACUUUUGAACCAAAACCACACUUUGAACCAAAGUAUAUUAAUUUAGACAAAAUAAAACUGUGGUGUUUUCGUUUUGCAAAAGUUAGGCAACAGACAUUGUUUAAUUCCACAAACGCUUGGCACCGUGCAAACUGCAGAUUACUUAAUGAUCUAGAACAUGACCUGGAUUCACUGGUCUUUCACAAUGCUGAAAGGACAUGAGUAACAUUUAAAUACAUCCAACCAAGUGCCUAUUGUCCAACUCCUGGAGGUGCUGAUUCUUGAUUCCCAGCUGAGAAAACAUGUCUGUAUAAAUGCAUCAUGGUGCAAAGAAGUGUGCUGGUCUCCUUUGGUGUGGAUCAGGAUCAUCACCUGAAUUCAGAGACAUUUUCAAAUAUAAGAAGCCAAAGCAAGUAGUUUAUUCAAUAGCUUAUAUUAAAUGUGCAUGAAUUAGGUAGGAAGGCUUUAUUCCAAUUUAGAAUAAAAAUAGCAAGUUGGCAAAAGUAUUCUGUGUUUUCCUUAAUUGGCAGAGCACCCUAGUCUUGCAUUUAUUCUCCUCCCUCAACCAACUCACUGUAUAUCCUCUCCUCCUCCUAAACAUAAAUGCACAGAAACACAGACCAAGUUUCUUCCCGUCUGGAAAUACACAGUGAUUUAUGGUGUUUGAAUGCCACUGCCUUGUCUAAGCGUAUGCUCACAUUGGUAUCUUAUAAUGCAGUAAGGUCACAAACACACACACCCAGCCUGCUGCAGUUGAAUCCACAUUGGCACAGUAAUGUUCACAUUGGAGAGGGGGCAAGGAUGUCUUCACCUGAUGCAUGGCCCUGCUCAUGACUGCCUCCCAUCAGCACAUCAAACUGUCAUCUGCACAUGCGUGGUGGCAGUUAGGGUAUGUUCACAUUACCGCUUAACUCUGCAUCCAGUUCUCUAGUCAGAUUGAAGCUGAUUUGAGAGGGGCAAGGAAGCAUCAAGCAACAGCAUUUGUCCAGAGACUGCAGGACCGGUAUGAAUUGUGGACUGGUAUGAAUUGUGCAUGCUGCUUCAAAAACUAGCAGCUGGAUGAGGAAUAAGCACUAAUGUCAACACACCCUAAUAUAGCUCAGAUGCAUAUUAAAAUGAAACAGAGCUAAAGUUACAGGGUGUGUGUGUGUGUGUCCCCUAAAGGUCUCAUCUUCUCAGAGGGGGUGCUGUAUUGGUCUUUUGCAGCAAAACAACAGUUUUGUGGCACAUUUAUUAUGACAUAAGGUUUAAUGGACUACAGUCCAUCAGAUGCAUAAAGUGCUACCCUGAGUUGAUUGGAGAGAAUGUGGGAUUGCAAACAGUGAGGUAAGAAGGGAAUGGAAUGCAGAGAGGUACAGAGUGUGUUAAUUAUGUUAUUAAGUGCACAUUCACACACAAAAAUUAUUUGAAAACACAGACAUUCUGGCACUGGUAAGAAACUUAAUACAGAUAGUGUGCUUUUUAAAAAACCCACCAGGGGUGCCACAAUGAAUAGACACAUGCUCUGAGGCACCUUGUAGUCUCCUUCUGGCAACUCCUGCAGCCAAGUUGGUGCCAA